UUGGAGGGCGAACGUCCGCCAGCUGUUUUCAAUACUCAACGGCCGUGUGUGGUGGUCAUUUGGUGAAUUAUUUUUCAUCCGCUGCACCGAAAAUCUGAAUUAGAUUUUAUAUAAUUUGGAGCAAGAAUGGAGUUCGAUGCCACCUAUCAUCAGAUCUGCUCCGCGCAGACCGUUCAGUCGGAGAAGAGGGGCUUCUUCAACGAGUUCUGCGUGGAUGUGCGGGAUGCAUGUGGCGACAAGUGGCUGCGGAACUACUUCGGCAAGCUGAAGUCCAAUGCGGCCCGUGUGCUCUCGAUCUUCAGCGAUCGCGAGGUUUGCGAUCCCGUCCUGGGUGUCCUCGAGCAUGUCCAGCCGGUCUUCAAGCAGAAGGAUGCCCUCUUCUCCGCCCAACGACGUGCCCAGGCGGAUAAAUUCUUCCUCAUGAGCGGCAAUGGCGAGAGUGAGGAGAGCAAGGAGCUGCUCCAGCAGGCUCUGAUGGCCGCCAAUCUGGCCGUGAUGAGGGCUCCGGACCGGAAUGCAGAUCCCGUCAUUGACGAUGGCCUCACUCUGGCAUUGGCCUACAGGUCGAGGGCCUCCAUCCUGAUCCGACUGGGCGAGGGAGAGGCUGCCCUAAGUGACCUCAAGUUGGCCACAAACUUCGGACUAGAUCUGAAGUCUAGCGUGGAUUACUACUGCAAGAUGGCCAAAGCUUAUGCAGUUAUGGGAGAACCUGCCCGAGCAGAGAUCUCUUUAAAGAUUGCCGAAAAGAUGGCUGGUUCUGAUCCCACCCACAUUGCCUUAUGUCGCAAGGAAAUAGCUGCAGUAAAGCCGACUCCUAAGGAAACCUCUAGAGAACAGGUGCCUACUUUAGCACAUGGAGAAAAUCCCGAACUGAGUGGAGCCUCCAAAGUGGUGAGACUGGUUGAGACCAAGGAGAAGGGUCGUUUUGUGGUGGCCAACGAAGGUCUGCGAACUGGAGAUGUGCUACUCUGCGAGGAACCAGUGGCCGCCUGUUUGGAGCCUAGUUUCUUUGGCACUCAUUGUCAUAAUUGUUUUAAGAGGUUGCACACCCCGGUUUCCUGCCUUCAUUGCUCGGGAGUCGCCUUUUGUUCCGCUCAGUGUAUGGGCGAAGCCUGCUCAAGUUACCAUAGAUUCGAGUGCGAGUUCAUGGAUUUGAUGAUUGGUUCCGGAAUGUCGAUCCUGUGCUUCAUUGCCCUGCGUGUCUUUACGCAGGCGUCCAGUUUGGAGCAGGGAUUGGCCACCGCCAAUCUGCUUUUCGAGCACAUGUGCUCCCACGAGGACGAACGCCAGCCGGAGGACUACUUGCAGCGAUCCCUGAUGGCUGGCUUCCUGAUGCGCAUCCUCCAGAAGUCCCUGUACUUUGGUCGUCGCAAGACGGAGGGCGUGAAUCCCACGGCUGUGGAGUUGCAGGUGGCCACCGCUCUGCUGGGUCUUCUCCAGGUGCUCCAGUACAAUGCCCACCAGCUCUACCAAACCCAAGUGACCGAGGAGCAUCGAUUCGACGGGAGCAAGACGGUGUACCUUGCUGCUGGAUUAUACGGUACUGGAUCCUACUUCAAUCACGAGUGCUGGCCCAGCACUGCUUGUCAUUUUGUGGGCAAGAAGUUAGUCCUUACGGCAACAAAGCCACAUCGGCCCAACGAGAUUGUAGCAGUGAACUACGGACCCAUUUUUAUCAAGAACAACCUAAAGGAAAGGCAGAGAUCCUUGCGAGGACGCUACUCCUUCAACUGCAAUUGCAUGGCCUGCCAGGAAAACUGGCCAUUGCUUCAGAAAUUGGAUAAGCAAGUGCGAUUUUGGUGCACUUCUGCGAACUGCGUCAACUUGCUGAAGUUCCCGAAGGACUUGGCCAAGGAUGUGCGUUGUGCUCGCUGUCGCAAAAAUAUUUCUCUCAAGGAGAGCGUUGCUAAAUUAAUCAAGAUCGAGGAACUAUAUCGAGAGGCUGCCCGUGCUAUGGAGGCUCAGCAAACCUUGGAGGCUAUUGAACUUUUCAAGGAGGGACUCGAGAUGUUCUUCCAGGUGGCUGCUCUGCCCCACAAGGACACUAUAGUCGCGCAGCAAUCUCUUCAUAAAUGCUUGUCGGACACAGGUACUACUUUCAAAAAGGAGGGAAAAUAAAAUGUAAAUAGUCACAUUUAUGUAUUAUUAAAUCGUUUUUCUACUUGACUACAAAUUAAUUGAAAUUGUAAUAAAAAAAUAGUUAUUUGACAUGA